UGAGCAUAGCGCAAUGAUACCAUGGUGGGUUGAUGGCAAUCAUCUUCGUUCCUAUGCGCAAAUUCAUGAACAGAUGGUUUAUGGGUUUGAGCUUUCAUGGCGUCAAAAAGCCUGUAAGAUGAAGUUCAAAGAUUGUUAUACGUGCAACAUCAACGACAAGCACCAAAUUUAUUGCCAAGCCAAGAAAGGGAAAAUCGACCGUUACCUCUUGUUUAUCGUCUGGGUAAUUCAAAUGCUCUCGGAAAAUGGAAUCGUGCCAUUCGUGGUUGUGAAAUUCAUCUUGGGAGCCCCAUUGGUGACGAUGUUGCUCCUACACAUAUGGAGAAGACACUUAGCAAUAAAUCAAAACGCUGAAGAAUUUUUGCAAUCUAACAAUAACUUCUUACCUAUAAGAUACUCUUACUCGGACGGGUGGUCUUAAGGACAGACUAGGUGAGGGAGGGUACGGUUCCAUGUUCAAAGGAAGACUCCGGAGCGGC